AUGUUUAGAUCAUUAAAUAAAUUAUUAAUUUCAAAUAAUUUAAUUAUAAAAAAAAAUAAUAUAAUAAUACCCUAUAAUUAUAAAUUUUCAAUUAAAAAUAAUAAUAAUAAUAAUAAUAAUUUUAUAUAUAGGAAUUUUUGUAAUAAUAAUAAUAAUAAAAACAAUAAUAAUAAUAAUAAUAAUAUUGAUGAAUUAUUUAAUAAAACAAGUAUACCACCAAAUAUUGUUUUUAGAUUAAAUUUAAUGGGUAAAAAAAGUAAAGAGUUAAGGAAUAUGAUUGAUAGUAAUAUGGGAUUAGGACAAAGUGAAAUUAAGAAAAUUUCAAAAGAGUUACAAGAAACUGCAGAACCAUUGGGAUAUUUUGGAGAUUUGAUAGAGAAAUUAAAAGAAUUAAAAGAGUUACAAACAAUGUUGGUUGAAGAAACUGAUGAGGAUGGUAAACAAAUGAUAAAAUCUGAUAUAAAUAAAUUGAAGCAAGAAGAGAUUGAACCAUUGGAGAAACAAUUACUAUUUAGUUUAUUACCAGGUAGCAAAGAUGAUGCAGGUGAUGCAAUAUUGGAGAUUAGGGCAGGCACGGGCGGCAGUGAGGCUCAGUUGUUUACACAGGACGUGUAUGAGAUGUAUCGUAGUUAUUGCCUGCAAAAAGGGUGGACUUUCGAGCCAUUGGAGUUGUCAGUCACCGAGGUGGGCGGCUAUCGUGACGUGACCGUGUCGGUGUCGGGCAAAGGCGUGUUUGGGUUCUUAAAGUACGAAUCGGGCGUCCACCGUGUCCAGCGUGUGCCAUUGACCGAGACCCAGGGUCGUAUCCAUACGAGUACCAUCACAGUGGCUAUAUUGCCUGAGCCUAAGGAUGUGGAUAUUCAAAUCCACGAUAGAGAUUUGAAAGUCGAUAUCUACCGUUCGUCAGGUAAUGGUGGCCAAUCUGUAAAUACCACUGAUUCCGCCGUGAGAAUCACUCAUUUGCCAACGGGUAUAACUGUGGCAAUGCAAGAUGAACGUUCUCAACAUCAGAAUCGUUCAAAAGCAAUGAAAAUCUUAAAAGCUCGUAUCUAUGAAAGAGAACGUAUACGUUUACAAAAUGAACGUGUAUCUGAAAGAAAUGCUCAAAUUGGUUCAGCUUUACGUUCUGAACGUAUUCGUACUUAUAAUUAUCCUCAAGAUCGUAUCACUGAUCAUCGUGUUUCAAUAAAUGGAAAUUUAAAUAGUUGUAUGAAUUCUGAUGGUUUGGAUUCUUUUAUUGAUGAAAUUUUAGUUGAAUUCCAUACCAAAGAAUUGGAAGAAUUAUUAAGUUAA